AUGGUCUACUCACUUGGUUAUCGACGUCCGAGUCGGGUCUCUGAUGGGUCAUCGUUCACAUCCGCGAAUGAGAAAAGGUUGUCUGGCGAUGGAUCAUAUCACUCUGGAACUUCUGGCUCGAUCAAAGGCAUCCCGGAAGCAUUGUCCUUCGACCGAAUCAUAGCUGGCGGUACUUGCCCUUACAUCGAACACAGUGCUGAGAAUCUGCAAUUCUACCUUUGGUACCGCGAUUACGUUGAGCGUUUCGACAAGUUGCCAGCCUCUGAGAAGGCACUGUCUCCAGAAUGGAGUGCCGCUCAGAUGGAUACAGAGAUCACUCAGCCAGCUCGUCGCCGCAAGAAGACUCCUACAGCGAUAGCUACUGUGCUUGAGGGGACCGAUUUUGCCGACACGGUGCCUCUUGCUGCCGAGAGACAAGAUGUCUCCAAUGAUCCUCGCAGCGAGUCACCAGAAGCCAUGAGGACUCCUGCAUCGCCGACCUUUUCUGACUUUGACUCUUCCAUGAGUAUGGAAAGACCUGUGUCUGGCCGAUCAGAUUACUACCGCAGGGCUGCCGAAGCAUUGACAGAUGCUGUCACCGCACAACCUUUCCGUGAGGAGAUGACACGCAUAAUCACACUUUUCAUUGCAGUCGAUGGAUCUCGUCAACUCAACUUGUCUGAUCGUGAACGAAGUGCUGUUCUUCACGCCCUCCAAAACACCACACAUCCUUCUGCUCUACGCGCGGCAUUCCUGAGUGCCGAAUUUUCUCUUCGCCGUCAAGCCCAUCCCAACUUUAUCCGCUGGACAAUCUGCAACGGCAAUCGCCCUCGUGUCAUCUUUGCUCGUGGCCUGGGUAUCUCACUAAUCCUCCUUGGCAUCCUCGCAGACAUCCUCAUCACACUGAGCUCUGCCAGCCGUGCAUGGCGUAUACUACCCAUCAUUGGCUUGAUACUAGGAGUCUCGACACUAAUCGCUGCAUGGAAGGGAAUGUGCGUAGUCCUCCACGGCAUGCACCACCGCCAUCUCCGCCCCUGGGAACUCUUCGCCGACCCCGAAGACUCGUCAGAGAAAUACAGCUCCCAAGACUCUCUAGUCCACCCACCUAUGUCUGGCAGCUAUGAAGACGAGCCUUGGGUCGCCAAAUACGCGAAGCGCAAUAUUGUUCGCAAAAUCUUGGAUCGAGAAGUUUGGAUCCAGGAGCCUGCGUUAAGACAGAUUCAGGACACCAUCUUCAUACAGAGCUUGUUGGGAGCGGUUUUGGUUUCUGGUGUUGUGGUAGGGAUCUUUUGUGCUGUGCCGCGUGGUGGAUUCUUCUAG